AUGUUUUCCAGUGCCAGCAAGUUUUCUGCGCUCCAAUUGGAGAUAAAAAAAGGAAUAAAUGAAAUUGUUGAAAAAAGUUCAGUAAGAAUUGUUGUGCUUAGAAUUCAGCUCAAUGAGUUGAAGAUACUUACAGUUGAUAGUGAUGAAGAUUUCGUCCUCAAACUUUUGUUUCAAGAGACUCAUAAUCUCACAAAAUUGCAAAAAAAUGUUGAAAAUCUAAAGCGGAAAAUUCUUUUUUAUUUAAAAAAAUAUUUAUCUACCAUUUUCUACGAGUUGAAGAAAGCUAAUGAUUGUUAUCAAUGGAUUGAAUAUCAAGAAAAGAAAUGGAAAAAAAUUGAGGAAAAAGUUUGCAGUUGGCGUUUUAUCGUUUUUGUUGAAGCUAGAAUGGAUGUAAUACCCGAAGUCAAAUCAUAA